UUGACUCACCUCUGUAACUUUCUCUACUUGAAGGAAAAAAAAAAAAAGAAGAAAUUCCAGCUCGAAAAAUCCCAUACGCUUUACUAAUUUCACGACCAUCUCGUCCGUCGUUCCUUCCUCUCUGCUGUCUGUUCACUUUCCUUUUCAUUUUCCCUCAGUUUCUCGCUCAACCAAACAUGUCACACAUUCCAUAUGAUAAGCAAGUUAAACACUUUCGCAUUAACCCAUUUCCGUUAAAACUCAAAUGCGGCGAGCUCUAGAUCCAUCAUUCUACACCCAGAAGAAGAAAAAACCCCAUUACCGAAAACACGCAAAUAAUGGGAGUGUUAACGGAGUCGUGGUGUUUUUGUAAAGGAGUUGGUAAAAGUGAGAAAAUGAAAGCCGCUAUUUUUGCCGGCAAGGGUCCGGCCAUGGUCAGUAUCUCCGGCUCUGCUAAUGGAAUCUCCGGCGCCACUGGCUUUUUGAUUCAUCGGAAUCUCCUCUUGACCACCCACGUCAACCUUCCAUCCGUAGCCGCGGCGGAGAGCUCCGAGAUCCGCCUACAAAAUGGCGUUGCCGCUAGCCUUGUCCCUCACAGAUUUUUCAUUACUAGUUCCGUUCUAGAUCUUACAAUUGUGGGCUUAGAUUCCAUUGAGGGGGACUCAAAUUCCCAAGGGCAGCAGCCUCAUUACUUGAAGACCUGUUCGAAACCUAAUCUGGAUUUGGGGAGUGUAGUGUACCUUUUAGGCUAUGGAGAAAAGAAAGAAUUAACAGUUGGUGAUGGAAAGGUGGUGAUAGCAACUGACAAUCUCAUAAAACUGUCAACUGAUGGAAUGACAUGGAGCCCUGGGUCUGCUGGAUUUGAUGUACAAGGCAAUCUUGCUUUCAUGAUUUGCGAUCCUAUGAAACUAGCCACCUCUCCAAACACUAAAUCUUCUUCCACCUCAUCAUCAACCUCAUCAUCAUGGAAGAAAGAUACACCAAUGCAAUUUGGUAUCCCGAUUCCUGUCAUCUGUGAUUGGUUAAAUCAGCAUUGGGAAGGUAGCCUUGAUGAGCUUACAAAACCCAAGCUACCACUUAUUAGAUUGAUGUCUGCUGGGCAGAAGAGUGAACAUUCUUGUGCUUCUUUUACAAUGCGUCGUGUUUUUAAGUCGACAGAAGCUGAUAAUGAUGAAACACCAUCCUCAUCAAAUAUUAUCUCCAAGACAAGGGAUCAACCUGGACCAAGUUCUUCUGCUGCAGCAAACACAACAGAAGAAGAAACCCCAAAAUCUGAUCAUCGUGCUACCCACAUGCAGGGAAUCCCAACUCCAGAAAUAUACAAAUCACCAAAGUUGACUGCACUUCCUCUUUGGAAGAAAGAGAGUGGCCAGAUCCAGCUUUUAGAUAUUAACUUCCCUCCAAGGAUUUCCAAAGCAGCAGUUAUAUCUCAGUCAGCCAAACAGCAAGACCUGAACUCUGGUGAGAACUGUGUGAAGGCAUUUCCUCCACAGAGCCCAACAAGACAGGAAUUUCAAGUGAAUCAUAGAGGACUGGCUAGUCCUGGUGCAGAGGCAGAGGUUGCAUCUACAGGUUCUGUAAACGGGGCCCAUAGUGAGGUAAUGUCUAGUUCGUCUCCAGUAGAAAUUUCAGAAUUUCAUAACGGAUAUAGUAGUGAGGGUGAGACUACAAUGUACUCUGCGGAAACUGCUGAAAGCCGAAACUAUACAAGUCCCAGAGAGGGAAAGUUUCAGCAAGUUGGAAGGAGCCAGAGUUGUGUCAGUUAUAACAGAUGGGAAACUGUUCAGAAGACCCCAGUACCCCGCAGAACAGUGCUAGAAAAUCCGAGGAGCUUCGUUUAUGGAAAGAAGGUGUACUCACAAGGAGCUACUUCACAAAGAAGUAAUGACUACUUCAGCCCAACAGUCUCCUCAAUCAUGAAGAAACGAAACAGCUCAGAGCAGCCAAGCAAACCACUACCAAGCGCUGUCCAUUCAUCUCCAAGAUGGAUGUUUUGAUUGAUUUCUUAAUGAGUGUGAUUCCCUGACAAGGCCAACAGCAAAUAUAUACAUAAUUCAUAAUGGUUUGCUUCGUACAGCAUAGUUAAGUUGUGAUUGGGUGAAGAGUAAUUCAAGGUGAAUAAGAAAAUUCAACUGGGUGGCUGUAGUUAACCUGGCAGAGCAAUAUAAACUGCACAUUGUCGAUUCAUACAGCCACCUAAAUGCUUCUAAAAUUGAAUUUCAGGUAGGCAGUUUCUCGGAAGCAACUUAAACUGACUUGCAAAAACUGUAAAUUAGAUUUUUUUUUUUUUUUGGUGAUACAAGUUUGCUCCUUUAUUAUUAUUUUUUUCUUAUGAUCAUCUGUGCUAUCGGAAUUGCUGCGCAGGUUGUAAUGUAAGGAUGAAGAAGUUGUCUAAUUGCUUCAUUGUUAAGAAUUAUAAGUUGUUCUUUUGGUAA